AUAAAGAAUCAAUAACUCCUUUAGGUACAAAGAACCACCAUAGUACUAUGACUCAAUAAAAAGACCUGUCUUCAACUAUCAGAUCUAUGCUGAAGACACAAACAUUUACAAUUACUGAUGUUAAAUUUGUUGGUAACAAAUGAGCUGAAAGGUUUUUCAUAUCAAGAGUUCAUCAUAAAAAAUUGGGGGAGCGACUCCUGAGUUUUAAUCAAGUGUUCCUGUUUUACAUUGAAUUCAUAAAGAUCUUCAAAGGGUCUUAAAGGUCUCGCUCCCUGAGAAACUAAUCGUCGUUGGUCACUCUGAGUUGAAAAUGCAGGCUGAACAUGAACCCCCGUUGCCUGUGUUAGCCACAGAAAGAUAAAUAGACUGCAAAAUGAGUGAAUCACAAAAGUCUAGUUUCUCACAGGAAAAGUUAGUAUUCAUGGCCUCACCAAUCUUGGCAUGCAACAGCAAUAAGGAAGUGAGAGCAGAGCACAUGUCGGCUAGUAGAAGCUAACAAUUAGCAACUCUACAACAAGGCGGGACUAUUACUUGUGUUAUUUGUGGGGAUAACUAAGAGCGAUUGAAGACAGCGGCAGAGACGCGUAGCCAAUCAGAGACAAGGUGUUUGCAUAUAAUGAACAUUACUGAGCAAGACUCCACAUCCUGCUGACGUCUGACCCCUGAAACGGGAGCACAGGAGCUUUUUUCCCCACAGAAAACGAACCACCAGGCAUUCGUAGACCACAGCAGAUUUAUUGGGGUAAAAAGUUAAGAGACUUAAAGUUGAACAAAGUGAAAUUAUAAGUAAUCCUGUUAAAAUGAUCAGAACACCACUUUGAAUAUAAUCUGAUCUCUGAGGUCGGAUCACUCAGGACAUGCUUAAGGAUUUCCCUACUCCAGUAAUCCACAUAUGUAGAAGUUCUGCUGCAGGUCAGUGGUGAAGAAAGCAGAACUGUACAUCAACAUGCAGCUUUUCAUUCGAUUAAACGUGUGAAUAUUUAUCAGCUGCUGAAUCACUUACCUGCCUUAGUUAUGUCUAAAACCAGUAAAAUCUUAGCUGAUUUACUGAAGAUGUUAAAAAUGUGGCUACACCACAGCAUGGACCCACAUAUGCUCCUGCCACUUACUCUUAAAACCAGUUUUCUGUUAACAACCCCAGUAAUAAAUCUGAAUUAGCAUUAACUGCUUGCACUGAUGAAGCCCUGCUACUCUAAAUCCAUCAGCUUGCAUUUAUUGUUACGGUAAGAUAACUCUGCAUUAUUUAUCACACUUCAGCAGCAACAGACGGAUAAAACGGAGUGCUGAAGAGAAAUAAGAGUAGAUUUUAACCAAGGUCUUGCAUAACUGCUCUUCUGCAUUAUUAUUGUACCAGAGCACCAUCUAGUGGAUGUUAAAAUAUGUGCUGUUGAGGAUAAAUGAAUACUUCCAAAGUGCUUUGGUGCAUGUUAGUUUGGUGCCUCUUCGUGCAUCAACCAGCACUGAACCACAUUUUGUUCUAUUUUAGGUUUAGUCUAUGUAAAGAACUGAAGUCCAAAAGUCCUGUUUGAAUUCCUGCUGUGUCUGUGAAGUUUGGGAUUUGUAGUCAUGUUUGCAGAGUUGUUUGUGAUUGGUCUUUGCAGGGUGAAAUGGAACACUGUCCUUCUGCAGGAUGUCUGUAUUAGUUGUUGAUUGAUCAGCAUGUUAAUGGUUAUCUGCGUCACUGCCACGUGUUGGAGUUCUGUUCUUUACCACAAGGAAGGAGCUAUAACAACAAGAAGGAAAUGACUUCCUCUGAUGGUCCACACAGAAACACUGCAUGAUAUACAGCAGUGGCCACAAAUUUAGAGAAUGACCUAAAUGUUGGUUUUCACAAAGUUUCUUGCUUCAGUGUUGAAUUUUCAAUCAUUUCAUUCUUUUCUGUUGCAUUUAUUGACCAUCGCUUUACAUUUCUGUAAUGAGUCAAUAUUUUCUAUUGGUUCCAUUUUUGUUUCUUUUUUAAACACAGAUGAGGUUUUUUCUUUACUUUGCUGAUGUUUCGUUUGCAGCUGCAAACAUCCUCAGAGCUAACGCUGAUGGUGGCGUCACUUCCUACUCCGUUUGCGGGCAGCAGAGGACGUUGUCGCCCUCUGCUGCCCGCUCUACUCUCUCCGAUGAUGCAGUCCCAUGUGCGGUCCAAUAAGUAAACUCCAUCGUCUCUGUUCAUGGUCCUACAUCCACGUCUCCUAUCAUUAGACAUGUGGUGCAAUGGAAAAAAAAUGUGUCGAAGAGGCGGAGAAAAAAUAAAAAUACCAAAAAUAAAAAAGCCAGAGCUGCACGUCAAAUGUUUUUUCUACCAUUUUUAAAAUAUUUUUCUAUAAUUAUUGAUAUCGAUCAAUAUUAAAAAUUUGUUAUUGAUAAAAAAAAUUCUAUAUCGUCCAGCUCUACUCUGAAACAUUUAACACAUUAAAGAACAUUUUAUUUAUAUGACACUCAUCAGACACAAAGUGCUUCACAUAGAGAUCAAAACAAAAUAAAACACAGUCAUAAAAUCCUAAUGAAAUAGAUUAACAUAAAAAGAUAAAGUCAGAAAAUGAACAAAAACAAAUGAAAGCUCCACCACACAGCCGAGCUCCUUCAGGCUUAUGUUAUUUGUGGAGAAAAAGCAUCAACGUUGCAGAGCAAACAGAGUCAGUGGUAGAGUUAUUUUGCUGUUAGCCGAUCAGAGAUGAGAUGUCAGGAUAUCACGAAAUAGGACUCCAAAUAUAGUUGUCUGAAGCUCUAUUGUGCUGUAGCUCACCUAUCAUUUAUACCUUACUAGAGAAAUGUGUUGCAAAAGUCAGAGAACUUGGUCAUUAAGUUCUCAGUUCAAUUAAAGUCUGGGUAGUUAGUUUCAUGGACAUGCACCCAAAAUGUUGAUAUUUUGUUCUCAGAGUCAAUUAGUUCUGACUUUAGCCUUACUGCUCAUUGUUCCAUUUUUCUGGAAAGGCCAUUGUUCUGGAGCUUCCCUACACUAAACCUAGGGACUAUUAUAAAGUGUGCAACUUAUAUUCUAUGGUACUCUAUCAUUUGUUCAGCAGGAUGUCCUACAGAGCUAAUUUGUGUGGGCUUGACUGAUCGCUUUCUGAGAGUGGACCAUGAUGCACCAUCAGCAGGACCCUACUGCUCUAAAACUGUCAGUAAUCCAGCUUCAAAGAUUUUCUCUAACCCCUCCUCUCCAUGCUGUCCAAAAUGGUUUCUAUGGCAACUGAUCUUUACUUCCAAGAAUACUGAUAUCAGACCAGCUGUAGCCAUUGGUCUCGAUAUGUCUGCAACAAUCAAAGCCCUCGUUUUCAGUCACAGGCCUGGUGGCAGCGUGGGUUUUCAUUAGCCUUUCUUUCCCUAAUGCAUAAUUCUUUUACUAGUGUCAUUUAGAGUUCAGUUGUUGGGCCACAGAUGUCACAGUGACGUUGGGUCUGUGAGAUCAAGAAGACAGCUGACAGAGCUGUGAUAUUCACAGCUGAGGUGGGAGGACUGGUGCUUGUAGUUCAGCAAUGUCACACAGUUCUGUCACGUCAAUGGGCUUUGCAUAGUAAAUACCAGCCUGACUCUUAGGCCUUUUGAAACAUACUCUGAGUGCAUCCUAGGAAUGAAGUGCCUCACUUCUGACGAGGCUUGGAAUUGUGUUCAUCCACCUCUUCAUACGGAAAAAUCUACUGAUAGACUUUUGAUUCUGUAACUGAUCUGUUCAGCUAUCAGUUUUAUGUAUUUCAAUCAUGCCUUAGCCACAGAAAAGGUUUAUUAGCUGUGUAUAACCAAAAAUGGGUACUAGCUGCUUUUUUGCCUGCUACCAAAAUGCAUCUUUUUGCGUGUGCUUGUUCGAAAAUUGUCUAAUAAGCUAGCUUUGCAAGCCAUCGUAUAUACAGAUGAAGAAAAAGUUGUUGGUACCCUUCAGGCAAUGAAAGAAAAACCCACAGUGGUCUCAGAAAUAACUUGAAUCUGACCAAAGUAAAUAUAAAUAAAAAUUCUAUGAAAUUUAACUAAUGAAAGUCAGACAUUGUUUUUCAACCAUGCUACAACAGAAUUAUAAAAAAAAAGAACUUGUGGAACAGGUCUGGACAAAAAUGGUUGAAAUUCUGUCAUUUUUUUAACCAGUUAAAUUUUUUGACACUAAUAUUUGGCUAGUUUCAUGUAAAUGAAUGGGAUUUCUUCAUAUUUUUGAAAGAGUCUUAAUAUUUCUAUGUGGUAAUAUCAGACAUAAAGGGAUACUAAGCAGUUUUCCUUGCUUUUAGCACCCCCUAGUGUCUAUUAUUAAUUCACUGUUGUUAAACCAAAAAUGAAACUCAUCUCCUCACUAUGUAUUUGUCUUUUUAACACCUUAAUCUAACAGCUGAAAUGUCUCCCAGCCUUCAUUAGUGUCUACAGGAGUGAUUCACCAUUAAAUGAAUCAAAUCAGAUGUGUUCAUGAUCUAAACCACGCAGGAAGCGAGCUGGAAGCAGACUGCAGCGCCAGUUAUGUGAGCUUAAUUUAGUUCAACGGGUGGCAGCCUGCCACUCUGAAGUUGCAAGUGCGCUUAUCUGGCCACAUGAGGUGAGAGGGUCUGAGUAACAUUUCAUUAACUCUGUAAAGGUUUAGCACAUACUGGCUCAAGAAAAUGUGUUUGAAAAUACGAAAAAGUUCCAUAUUAUCUCUUCAAGGCAUACCUGUGUCAAUCCUCUAAUGGGUAAAGGUGGUUGGAGGAUGCAUGGUCAUGUUGUGUAUGGGUUAGGGUUCCUUUUACCAUAUUAAAUUGUCAAAAAGCUGCUGGAUACUUCAUCAAUUCCCCAAGAUCCUGUUAAUUAUUCUUUUGUAUAUUUUGGCCUCAUUCUUCUGUUACAUGUGGGCGUGUGUAGACCUGCACAGACAUACCCCAUCUUUCUGGUUGGGUUGCCAACAGAACCUUCUAUCCUUUAUGACUCAGAGUAUAAAAAUAAACCCUGGAGGCUAUUUUGACACAACUUCUUUAGUUAGCUUUGAUGCACCCCUUUGCUUUGUUCUUUUUUAGGUCAGCUGCUGGUGCUAUGGAAAAGGUAGGCAGGGGCGUUAGGGAUGGAAAUGUGUGUUUGUGAAGAAAGUGAAUUGAACAGCAGGAAAAGAUAAAAAGCCAGGAAGCAGGUGGGGUUGGCAUGGAUAAAGAGCAGCCACAGGGAUUACUUCCUGUCAGACGGGGCUAACCGCUCUGAGGGGGCUGACCUCAUCUUCUCCCUGUGCCACUGACCAUCCAGCAUCCUAUCUUACUGCAGUGGUAGCCGACCAAUGAGCGAGCCCAGGGAAGCACCGACGAGUACUGGUUCAGAGAGCAGUAGCGUAGACUGAGAAGUGCCUGUGGCAACACAGGAGGACAGGAUGGAGAAGGUCUCUGCUUCGGGGCCUGAGCUGUGCUCGGACAACCGAAGCAUUUUGUGGACUGACACGACUUGGGAGUGAAUCUGGGGCGAUUGUUGCAUGAGACGGGAGCUGAAGCUGCUGCCUGCACUUGAUCUUUGGACACACUAGUCUUAGAAGAAAGCACAAUAGUCUGAUCCUCAUCACCUCUCGACCUCCCAUCCUUGGGGUGCUCCUUGACGCUCCCUCCUACCCCUCCCUCCUCCUUCGUGCCCCCCUUCCCGAGGGAGCUUUGGCCGGCCCCAUGAUGAAGGAGGAGGGCCUGCUGGGCCGUCGCCGUUUCUCCACGUGCGGCGGGACCGCAUCACUUCGACCCCCGCACCCGGAUGGACGCAAGCUCAUCCGCAACGCCUCCUUCGGGGGCUAUAACGAGCUGUCUCCUGUCGUGUUGCCAGGUUUCGACCGAGGAAAGGAAGACCUUUUGUCUCUGCCCUUGAAGGAGGACUCAAAUUCCAUAUCUAAGAGCAAGUCUGAAACCAAGCUGUACAAUGGCUCAGAUAAGGAUGUGUCUGUGUCUGCGUCUGGAGGAAAGCUCACCAAGAAGGAGUCCCUCAAGGUGCAGAAGAAGAACUACCGGGAAGAGAAGAAGAGAGCCACUAAGGAGCUGCUUAGCACCAUCACAGAUCCGUCUGUCAUUGUCAUGGCCGACUGGCUGAAGAUUCGUGGUACUCUAAAAAGUUGGACCAAGCUGUGGUGUGUGCUGAAACCAGGUGUCCUCCUCAUCUACAAGACUCACAAAAACGGGCAGUGGGUGGGAACGGUGCUGCUCAACGCCUGCGAGCUAAUCGAGAGGCCUUCCAAGAAGGAUGGCUUUUGUUUCAAACUCUUCCACCCUCUGGAGCAGUCCAUCUGGGCUGUGAAGGGUCCCAAAGGAGAGGCGGUGGGCUCCAUCACACAGCCGUUACCCAGUAGCCACCUCAUCUUUCGCGCUGCCUCUGAAUCCGAUGGCCGGUGCUGGAUGGACGCCUUGGAGCUGGCCCUGAAGUGUUCCAGCCUGCUGAAGAGGACCAUGAUUCGUGAGGGGAAGGAGGACAUGAGUACUGUCUCUGCUGGUGGAGAACACUCCAUUAACUUCUACAGCCUCCUCAGAGCUCACAAUCUGCAUGGUUUUCAGUUUAGCGACGGUGACCACUUGAAGGAUGUGGACUUGUACUCAGACAAAUCCGACAGGGAAGGAGAACCAGACCACGAGGAAUCCGACCCAGAGAAUCUGGAGAAGAGCGAGGAGAGCGACAGCGAUACGUCUGAGCGCCAGGAAGACUCGUACCUCGAUCUGGACCCCAAUGAACAUCUGUGUGAAACGUCCUACGUGGAGCAGUCCCACGAGGAGUUAGGGGAGGCGGGCGAGGCCGCUCAGACAGAAACGGUCUCGGAGGAGAAUAAAUCUCUCAUUUGGACUCUGCUGAAGCAAGUUCGACCUGGAAUGGAUCUGUCCAAGGUUGUGCUGCCCACCUUCAUCCUGGAGCCCAGGUCCUUCCUGGACAAGCUAUCUGACUACUACUACCAUGCAGACUUCCUGUCAGAAGCUGCAGUUGAAGAAAACGCCUACAACCGGAUGAAAAAGGUGGUGAAGUGGUACAUUUCUGGAUUUUACAAAAAGCCAAAGGGAUUAAAGAAGCCCUAUAAUCCUAUCAUUGGAGAGACGUUCCGGUGUGUGUGGCUCCACGGGAAGACCAACAGCAAGACGUUUUACAUUGCAGAGCAGGUUUCUCAUCAUCCACCAGUGUCGGCCUUCUACGUCAGCAACAGAAAGGAUGGGUUCUGCCUCAGUGGCAGCAUCCUCGCCAAGUCAAAGUUUUAUGGAAACUCCCUGUCUGCCAUACUGGAUGGAGAAGCUCGCCUCACUUUUCUGAACCGAGGGGAGGACUAUGUGAUGAACAUGCCCUACGCUCACUGUAAAGGUAUACUUUAUGGGACCAUGACCCUGGAGCUGGGGGGGCAGAUCACUAUAGCCUGCGAGAAAACAGGCUACAGUUCUCAGCUGGAGUUCAAACUGAAGCCAUUCCUGGGCAGCAGUGACUGCGUCAAUCAGAUCUCUGGGAAGAUCAAGCUGGGAAAAGAGGUUUUGGCCACUCUAGAGGGGCAUUGGGACAGUGAAAUCUUCAUCAAUGACAAGAAGACUGGACAGGUGGACACCUUUUGGAACCCCACCCCGGAGCUGAGACAGGAUCGGCUGAUUCGCUGUACUGUCCCACCUGAGGAGCAGGGGGAGUUUGAGUCAGAAAGACUGUGGCAGCAUGUGACACGAGCCAUCAACAACAAAGAUCAGACCGAGGCCACCAAUGAGAAGUUUGUUCUGGAGGAGGCUCAGAGGAAGGCAGCUCGCGAGCGCAAAGCCAAAUGUGAGGACUGGGUGUCCGCCUUGUUCGAACAAGACCCCGUGACGGGAGAGUGGCACUACAGAUAUGCAGACACAAGGCCGUGGGAUCCACUCAAUGACCUGAUCCAAUUUGAGAAAGAUGGCUGCAUCCAGACCAAGGUCCGACACCGCACCCCUAUGGUACGUUCUGGCAGUCUUAUUAGUCUGAGUAACCAGGGCCAGCGGAGGGACAAUUGCAUUUGCCAGCUCCAACAGGUGUCGGUGCCAAAGAGGAAACACAAGAGCGACAAGCCCAAGAGUCCAGAGAGCGGCUGUUCUUCUCCUGAACCCGACCACCAAGACUCAUCCGGCAGUGAAAUUCCAGGACAUAAAAGCAAACACAACAGUCGUCUGAGGAAAAAGGGAGCAGACCUCAGUGAACUUCAAAGUGCCAUAGAAUCAAUAAAGCAGACGCAGGAGGAGAUUAACAGGACCGUCGUGACGCUGCGGAGCCGCACCGUCAGCCGAGCAGAGUCCAGCUCCUUCCUCCAGCAGCGGGACUUUGUCAUCAUUUUCCUCAUUGUCCUUCAGGUCUUCAUUAACUAUGUUUUCAAGUAGCAGCCAUGCUCGCUCUAACUCCCUCGCACACACACACACACACACACACACACACACACACACACGCGCGCGCGCCCUGAAGACUUUAAAAACACAAACUGUGACCUCCAGCUCCCUCUUCUGACCUUAUUAAAUCCACUCACUCGUGUCCUAAAAAGCAGAAGCUCCAUGUGAAGAGACUCCUUUUGUUUUGUUUUUUUUUAUAUAAAAUCGUAUUUAUUUGUAAGCAGCUCGUUCCAAAUCUCCACGGAGAUCCACAGCUUUCAAAGAACAGAGGAGCAGUAGCAGGACGUUGCUGGAGGGAAGGAUUUGGUGUGAAGAUCUCUCGACUGCCACUCGGGAGCUCAUGAGUUUGCCUUGGUGUCUGAGGCAGAAACAGCAGGCAUUUUUUAGCUGGGAUGUUUUUGUGGUUUGUUUUCCUCUGAUGGAGCGAUGCUACUCUCUCCAUUCACACUUCACCUCAGAUGACAGGGAACUUUGUGACACCAGGAACACAACUCGGAUUGUAAGGAACCUUUCAUUUUCAUGCUUUUAAAAAAGAAAAAAAGAACAAGUCGUUUGUCAUUUCCGAGCGUCUCCUUUGUGACUACAGGUCUGUUUGGAACCAAAGGGAGAGAAAACAAGACUUUUAUUUUUGUAUGAUCAGAUUCGAAGAUAUCUGGAUUCCACACGUCGGAAUGAAUGGAGGACACAAACUGGCGGCUGAAGCUCGAUUUCCUGUUGUAUAAUAAAAUUCCAGCUUCUGCUCACAAAGUCACCGUUAAGAUGACGUGUUUGACACUGUGUGCUGUAGCUAGCGUGGGUAGAACCGUAGCGCUCUGUACAGAUUCUCAUUUGAAGGCAUAAAUGCGCUGAAACGAGGGUUUCUGUUGCUCGUGUAUCGAAUCAGCCUGUGGUUAGGAUGAGGGUCCAAAAGUUGCUAUUAACAAAAUGUUUUAUUUUGGUGAGAUUGUUACUUUUCCUCCGGUUUAAAGAUUAAAGUCAGAAUAUUUUGAGACUCCAGAACCCGACCCUUGGUUCCCGUAUUUUGUUCUUGUUGUAAACAAAAAAAAAACCCACAUCAAGAUUCUAUAGCAGAACUCAAAUAAAAUCCUUCAAUCCUUCAAAAUAAGAGUUUCAAACACACUUUAUAUACAAAAUAAUUCAGCAAAGAUUGAUUGAUUGCAUCUGUGAGCUAAAACAACUUAUUUAUCAGUAAAAGCUAAUAUUCCGGGAAUAUUUUGACUUUAAUCUUAAAACUAGGAAGCAUCUUGUUUUUCAUGUCUAAGUGACCCGAAUACACCCUCGUCCAAAGGGAUAGUUCAGAUCUAUUUGGAGUGGGUUUAGGACUAGCCGUUAGCUCAUCGAUCCGAUCAGAACUAGUUUGUUUCUCCAAGCUGAGGCUGUUCAAAGAGCUAUCUGCUGAAGAUAAGUUGUUGGUAGUUUCCUACUGUUUGACGAAGACGUCUGAACUAUCCCUUAGCUAACCGUUUCUGUUUGAUUGGAUGUGUUUUAUAAUUAUUUCUGCCCCAAGUGAGACGAAAACAUGAUUCAGCUCUCCGGAAUCUCUCCACAGGCGUUCAAAUCAAGCACUGCCGAACGGACAGCACAAAGUCCAAAAAACUAAUUCUGGUCAUAAGUAAUCUUCAGCUAUUACUAUAAAAAAUGGUUGAGAACUUCAGCCCUCCUUUACACUGCCUGACUUACAGUCACACCCAGAGCAUCAUCCACCUCCUGCAGUGCAUUUCAGUCUCAAAUCUGACCUAUGUAGAGUAGAAUAGACACUUCUUGUAAGAGUUUGUAGAAAUGUAGUUAUUUUCUAACUGUCAUUCCAAAUGUACACACGUACCAGCCAAACUGUGUGUAGAGUCGAAGUCGGCCCGGUUUGGUGCAUUAGAGCUCAUCCAGAGCAGCACACGGCACCUCAACACACUUCUACAAAAUGAGUUGUUAUCUGAACACUGAUGUUGUCUUCGCCUUGUCGACGUUUACAUAUCCGUUUGCCUCCGCCGUCAGCAGACUGUUGAAAACUGUGUGAUUACGAUGCAGGUGUGAAGAAAAGGCAGGUCCGAGUGGUUCUGUACGUCCUCAUUGCCUCAGCCGCUCAUCUUAUAGAAAUACAGAUGUUAGAAUGUAGAGAAUUAAGUUUAAACCAGUGCCUUGUAGAAUCAGACCGGGGGAGGAGGAGACGGAGGAGGGAGAAGGUCAGGAGCGAUGAAGGGGGUGGGGAGGGUGGACGGUGAUCCAGGACUCUGUCUGUAGUUGACCUUUAGCAUGGGCGUGCCAUAUGAAGCCUUAGAAACGACUCUGCAGGUCUCCACCCCGCCCAGCUCCUGCCUCCUGAAGCGUCGCCAUAGUAACAUGUUCCUGAAUGCUGAUUCCUGCCACGGGGAGAGAGAGAGAGAGCCUUCCUCUGCGCCGUCCUGGUCUCGCUCUCUCUUCAUCUGAACACACCAAACCUAGAGGGAAGUGAAUAUCUCUGCUGUUCGCUGUCGUCUGUGAAGUGUUUUAUUUAUUCCUCUUUUGUACGUGGGUUUGUGUCCAACACGUCUGAUCUUCAGCUCCUCGUUUUAGAUCACUCCUCUGUCUUAUUUAAUGUUUUUUUUCAUCAUUGGUUUUAAAUUCACACACACACACACACACACACACACACACACACACACACACACACUUGUUUUUACUCAACUGUUACUUGACAUCAUUCACAAGGGACUGCCACAAACUGGUGCACACACACAAACACACACACACACACAACCUGUAUCCUGUUGAAAUAACUGAAUAUACUAAUAAUUACUGUAUCGCCAUGACAACUUUAACUUCCUGUAAGUUUAUGGUUCCAUGUAACACAAAAUAAAAAACUAAGGGUU